AUGGCACCCUCAUCACUAUCACCAUCACCAUCAGCCUACACCCGCACCCAAAUCCAACAAUAUGAAUCCCACAUCUCCCUCCCCCAUAAAUACCGCCAGGACUCCAAUCCCCCCAUAAACCUAGCCUACCUAACCGCGCUCCACGUGCACCAAAUCGCCGCCAUGCCCUACGAAAACCUGAGUCUGCAUUACUCCGCCUCCCACACCGUGUCACUGGAUCCCCAAGUCCUGUUCCGGAAAACGGUGGGCGAUAAGAGAGGCAGGGGUGGGUAUUGCAUGGAGAAUAGCAUUUUGUUCUACCACGUAUUGAAGGCGUUGGGGUUUGCUGUUUAUAUGGCUGGCGUGAGGAUCAGGCCGAGAGUGGGGGGAGUGCCGGGUGGUGAGUAUACCGGUUGGGUCCAUGUCGUGAACAUCAUCGCCUUACCCUCUGGCUCCAAAUACCACAGCGACGUUGGUUUCGGUGGCGACGGCGCCACCAAACCCCUCCCUCUAAUCGCAGGCCACGUAACGCGAAACCUAGGAUCUCAAGAAAUCCGCCUUGUUCAUGAGCCGCUGCCUCAUUCCAGCCAACAGGAUCAGUUACACUUCAUUGAAAUUAGAAUUGAGGUUGAGGUUGAGAUUGAGUGGAUAUACCAAUACCGCAACUCCCCCACCCAACCCUGGAACGCCUUCUACGCCUUCCCGGAACUAGAAUUCUCCGCUCCAGAUUUCGAAAUAAUGUCGUAUUUCACCAGCACGUCUACCAGCGCCCUGAAUUUCCAGACAAGAACAGUGCUCAUAGUACGUUUUCUUCUCGGGCGAGUUAACAGUGAGCCAGAUGGCGAGAAUGGCGAGGUAGAUGAGCUGAAUGCGCAAGGGGGGGUCGAUGGGCCGGACUGCGAGAUUGAAGGAGAGGGGGAGCUUGGACAUCUGGGGAUUGUGGGGAAGAUUAUGCUGGUUAAUGGAGAGGUGAAGAGGAACGAUGGGGGGAAGACGAGGGUUCUGAAGGUGUGUGAGAGUGAGGAUGAGAGGGUUGCGGCUUUUGAGGAGCUUUUUGGCAUUACGUUGACUGAGGAGGAGAUGUUGGGGGUGGAGGGGAGAAAUGUCGAAUUAGGGGGAUGA